GCAAUGGGCGUCCUGUUACUGUUGAUUAUUGACUCAAGUGUGGUUAUUUGCACUGCUAUGUUGCAAUAUUCAGUGCAGUGGUUGAUGUAUAUCCAGUGCAUCAUAUUUAAAUCGGCUUGAUUGAGUGUGAGAAUGACAGAAGUUUGUAAAGAGUUGUUCGGUACUGCACCGGAUCAGGGUCCAGUGGAGAAAUGGAUCCUGCGGUCCGACAGUGUCAGUGUGGAGAUCCUUUCUCUCGGCUGUGUCAUAAAGUCCAUCAAAACUGCGGAUCGGAGCGGUCAAAGUGCGGAUAUAGUGCUAGGAUACGAUGAUUUAGAAGGUUAUCUCUCAAACCCACGCUACUUUGGAGCUGUAGUGGGCCGUGUUGCUAACCGUAUUGCCAAGGGCCGGUUUGUGAUCAAUGAGAAGGAAUAUAAACUGGCUAUAAACAAUGGGCCCAAUGCUCUGCAUGGCGGACUGAAAGGCUUUAACAAGGCAGUGUGGAAAACGGAGGUUGUGGACAAUGGACUGAAACUGAGCCACAGUAGCCCAGAUGGUGAUGAGGGAUACCCCGGGAACCUAAGAACCUCUGUCACAUAUAGACUGGAAAAGAACACAUUGAGCAUGCUGUACCACGCACAGACUGACCAAACUACACCAAUCAACCUUACCAACCAUUCAUAUUUCAACCUGGCUGGACAGGGGAAACCAGACAUUUACGACCAUGAGGUGACCAUCUCAGCAGAGUCUUACCUGCCUGUGGAUGACACGAUGAUCCCCACUGGGGAAAUAAAAGCUGUGGAGAAUACACUGUUUGACCUGAGAAAGCCUGUCCUCCUUGGCUCUAGACUUAAAGAGCUCCCUGGUCCAGGCUUUGACCACAACUUCUGUCUUUGCACACCAGGUGAACCACAACUGGAGAAGAAAUGUGCAAGUGUGGUGCAUCCAGGGACUGGCCGUGUUAUGGAGGUGAGCACUACCCAACCUGGGGUCCAGUUCUACACCUCAAACUUUCUGGAUGGGACUUUGAAAGGGAAAGGUGUAGCUUCUUACCCCAAACACAGUGCCUUCUGUUUAGAGACCCAAAACUGGCCAGAUGCUGUCAACCAGGCUCAUUUUCCUGAUGCUUUGCUGAGGCCUGGAAAGGAGUACACACACACCACACGCUACACAUUCUCUGUGGUCUGAAAUUACAUGAACAUGUGUAUUGUACUUCCAACAUGUUUGAAGGCUUUAUGUAUUAUGUCUGCACUUAUGACCUGGCAAAACGUAAGCGACUAAAGAUAAUGACAUUUCUGUAUAUUUUGAUUAUGUAAAUCAGCACAAUAACAACCUUAGCAUGAUUACUGAUCUACUAAUGUUAUAUGUAUUAAUUAAUCUCACAAAAUCCUCAUGUUAUCUUCAGUGAUUAGUACUGAAUACUGAUUCAAUUCUGCAAAGACAUUUUUAUCACAAAUGGUCAUUAGUGUAGGUAAAAAAAUAUAUAUUUUUGAAAUGCAUGACAUUUUUAGAUUGAAUUUGAAAAUGUUAAUUAAAAAUGUCACUGACAGAACACAGCCUAUCAUUUGAUUAUAAAAUACUUCAUAGUGUUUUGAGAUGUUGAGAAUUCGGUAUUGUGUGGUCUUAAAAGUAUAACCCAAAAGCAAUAAUGUGUUCGUAAUCAUGUUCUACAACAUCUUAACACUGAUGCUCAAGCGUCACCAAAGCAAAUUACAUCCAGGUGCCCACUUUGAAAUGGUCAAAGAUUUGUGUUUAUUUGUUUUUAAGUAAACACACAUGCCUAACAUUACAUUUUCUCUUAAAUACAUUUGAUGAUGGAAAGGACAUGAAAGUCUUUUGGCAAACUAUAUGCCAUUGUCAUAAAAAUUAAUUAUGUAAAACACUGUAAUAAUGUUCUUUAUAUUUGACGCAAAAUUCAUUAUUCAGGCAUGUUCUGAUUAACUGUAAUAUUGCACUAAAAACAGUCCAAUAUGGACUUGCCAUUUUAAAGGAUGUUUGUGUGUAAUCGCACAUGGUCAAAGUACAUUUCCUGUGUGUUUUCUCUUUUAAAAGAAGAAAAUUA